AUGGAGUCCCGAUCCAAGGCAAAGUCAGUCGCCCAGCGACGAGUCUAUGGCAAACGGAGAGCCAAUGCGCCGAGAGCAGUAUUCGACCAGGCUAGCCCAGAUAGAGAUACAACAUCCAAGAGAACCCAAAAUGUCGAUCCAGUCGAAUGCCUAGAAGCGAAACUGGCUCGAGUGACCAUCGAUGAAGACAUGGCCCCCCAACACGACGAAGAGACCGGAUCUCAAAAGACGGAGGAAACUGAGGAACAGCAUCAAUUGAUCGACACCUCCUCGGAACAAUCGAGUCCUUAUCCUGAAGCGGAGUCUCCAGACACCUCGAUAACACCAUCUGUCGAAUCCACCCUGGAGCAACCGGAACCGAAGCAGUUCGAAACGAUGGUAGAGGUCAGGAUAUGCGAAACCAACACAGCUGAUUCAUCGGAUGCCACGUCAAAGUCCACCACCACCAUGCCCGAUACCACGCCAGAGUCCACUGGGAUUAUUCAUGACAACAAAUUCAAUGACUAUGUCCGCCCAAUUCUCAACGAAGCACUAGCUCCGAUUGCUGCGCAAAGUAUCCAAAAAUUCGGCUCAUGGGCCUCUCGAUCCGCAAACAUGUUCGACGUUGCAAAGCUAGCCGAGGGCUCCUACGGUGAAGUUUACAAACUUCAUCUGCGCGAAGAAGCCUGCAGGCCGGUGGUCUCAAAGUCUAGAUUGGCCAAAUUGAAAUCAUAUGGCGAUGGAGUCUUUAAGGUCGUACCUCUGCGAGCCAAGAGUGGCCCUGGGUCCAAGAAAUUCACCAGUAUCGAGGAGAUUGUCUCCGAAGUCAAGAUGCUGAAAUAUCUUGACCCUAUUCCUGGAUUUGCCCGUUUUAGAGAGAUCCAUGUUGUUCAAGGCCGUUUCCCAGAGCCAUUCCAGAAUGCGUGGGACCACUACAAGAAAACCAAAGACGACUGCAUGAAUCCUAACCCAUCCAACAAGAGGGCAUACCCCGAUACACAACUUUGGGCAAUCAUCGAAAUGGAUGAUGCGGGAUGUGAACUGGAGAAGUUCGCUUGGUCCUCGAUUUUCCAGAUCUAUGAUAUCUUCUGGGGAGUUGCCAUGGCUUUGGCACGGGCCGAGGAGUAUGCCCUCUUCGAGCAUCGAGAUCUGCACUUGGGAAACGUUUGUAUCCGCUCUACUCGGCAGGAUGGCUGCAUGGAUCCUCCCACAGAGCAGGACAUUGCACGCCAUUCAUGCCCCAGCGGAUUUGGGUUCAGCUCUAUCGAAACCACCAUUAUCGAUUACUCCCUCUCUCGAGCGGAGCUGCGGUUGACCGAUGACCCCAAUGGAAUGAUUGAGGUUGCAUCGUCUGAUUUGGAUAAGAAGCAAUUAUUCGAUGCUAUUGGUCAAGAUGAGGAUGAAAUUAUGCAGCGAAACACCUACAGAUAG